AUCUGUCUGUCUCUAGCGUACUCUCACGUGGUGGAGAACACGGCGUUCUUCGGAGACGUGGCUCUGCGUUUCCCGCGUAUCGUCCAUCACUACUACGAUCGUAACGUGGACUGGAGUCGUCUGCUGCGCUGGGGUCUGCGCUUCUGCAACCAGACGGGCGUCUUCAGCGGAGGAGCCCAUCAGCACGUGCUCACGCUGAUGUCACAGGAGCUGGGAAUCAUAGAGAAAUCUGCAGACUUCGUCAAUCCGUAUCGCACCGAACGAGACGAUGUGCUGCACACGGCCGAGGCCUUCCAGAAGAUCCUCCGCGAGGAAGAGAAGAGGAGGAGGAAGGAGGAGAAGAGGAAAGAGAUCCGGAAAGGGCCGCGGAUCUCUCGCUCUCGCACCGAGUUAUAGAUCUGACUGAAGAUCAGCCGUUUACACUCAAUCAGGGAGCCCUGCUGAAUCUGCCACGGGCGUCGACGACGUUUACAGGUUUCAGAUCGAGACUGAUUCGCAACACUUGAAUCUGUUUUUAACUCUGUCUGAUUUAGGAGGAUCUUCAUUAGAGUCACUGCUGGUGGUGUGAGUGUGUGUUUAGUGCUGUAUUGGGGUUAAGGGGGAGGAGUCAGUGUAGUGGGAGGAGU